AUGGCACCCGGACAUAUAUCCAUCUUCUUCAACAUCUACGAGAAAAGCAUCCAAAAGGGUUCUCAAAAAGAAUCAAGAAAGAAAACAAAUCAAAAGAUGUUCAAUAGUGAUGUCGAAUUGGGCAAGUUUGUUGGCAGCACUGAUCUCAUUCCAGAUGCUUAUCGAGCAAUUACGGAAACUUCUUCCAGUUGUCAACUUCACACAACUCGUCAUGGGAUCAAAGUUUUGGCUUUCAGCUGUUUUCCUGAUUACACAUUUCGAUUCCAUAACAGAGAGUUCGAUCUGGUUUCAUCAGAAGACCAUGAAAUGUUCGACUUCAUUUCCACAAAAGUCAACCCCAAAUUCUCCAUUAACGGAGCGGGUGUUGAGUUGUUUGAACAACAUUUUGCUGAGCUUUUGGAGCUUCUGAAUCAGCUAAUAGACAAUCCUUUGGUAAUCACUGGGCAGGGUAUCGGAGGAUACCUUGCAAUUCUUUUUGCCCUACGACAUCAACAUGAGGUAGAUGUGAAAGAAUCUAACGGUUCCAAAUCAGCCAAACGCCCGAUUUGCAUAACUUUCGGUUCCCCCAUGCUUGGAAACCAACAUCUCCAAGGCGCCAUCUCUGAACGCCCACAAUGGAAAUCAUCUUUCCUGAAUGUGGUAGCGAAGACAGAUUAUCUUGCAAGUUUUUUCUCAUCGAAUAGUCAAUACAAGCCUUUCGGUACUUUCCUUUUCUGCACAGAAUCAGGAGGGCACGCAGCUUUUGAAGAUCAAGAGGCGAUCCUCGCAGCUCUAGAUGCCAUGGUGUCAUCAAAUGCUGGAAACAUCCAAAUGCACGAUUAUAGUAAAGAAUUGGGCUCGAUCAGAAAGAAGGUAUUGUAUCACGGGCCUUCCGAAUUCAACGAAUCCAACGUGACUCCGUUAAGGGCCGGAAUAAUAUUCCAGUUUCAAGAAAUCGGUGUGUUGAAUGAUAUUUCGAAUGAUUUGAUCACGGAAAUGGAAAAGAGACAAGUGAAGAUGAUUAAAAGCAAGAAAAGGUAUGAGCCUACGAAGAAGCUAAACGACAUGAAGAUAAACUUGACAUACAUGGAAUGGUACAUGAAGACCCGAAGACUGAAAGGGGGUUACUAUGAUAUCUACAAGAAUGUCAGUGACACAGACAAAGUCGAGAACAAAGAUGUAAUCAUCAAACCGCAACGUUUCCUGGACCAGUAUUGGAAGAAGACAGUUGAUGAAAGCGAUCUAAUGCCACAAAAACAAGGUGCGAAGUUGCGUAAGCGUUGGCUCUACAAUGGAACUAACUACAGAAGGAUCAUGGAGCCACUAAACAUAGCCGAUUACUACAAAAGUGGCAGAAAGAACUACAUAGCAAAUCGCCCAAAACACUACGAGUUGUUAGAGAAAUGGUCGGAGGAUGAAAAGAAAGAGAGGAAGCCAAGUGAGGUAAGAAUGAAGGCUGCUAGUCUUACUGAGGAUUCUUGUUUCUGGGCGCAUGUAGAGGAGGCCUUGAUUUCACUAACAGACUUAAAGAAUGGAGAUCUAAGCAGCACCACAACUGACACCGAUCAGUUUGACUUUGAGGUAUAUCUUUUGGGUGCAAUCAACGAAAAAUCAUUGUCACCAGAUGUGUUUGUGGAAGGAAGCAGUUUAAUGAAAUGGUGGAGCAAGUAUUACACAUACAAAGGAAAUUCUUGCAAUCCUGAGCUUGCAAGAUACAUGAAGAAUGGGGGCUACAAAUCAUAUCAGUAACGCGUUAACGUCGAGUUCCAAUAUCAUAUCUAUAUGUUGAUGGUUAAGUUGUUAGAAUUAAGC